UGCUUCCCACUGCCUACAACUAUCCGUUUGAUUCUGUCUCUCGUAUGUGCUCUGGCCUUCUCUGACUGCCCCUCCGUCACCUUCUGCCAAGCCACCUUCCCCCAUAAACCCCGUCAAAGCCCAUCUCCAAUUUCCAUCUAUCUCUCUCUCUCUCUCUCUCUCUCUCUCUCUCUCUCUCCAUCAAAACCCAUCUCUAAUUUCCAUCUCUCUCUCUCUCUCUCUCUCUCCAUCAAAACCCAUCUCCCAUUUUCAUCUAUCUACCCCAUCAAAACCCAUAUCCCAUUUCCAUCUCUCUAUCUACCCAAUCAAAACCCAUACCCCAUUUCCAUCUCUCUAUCUACCCCAUCAAAACCCAUCUCCUAUUUCCAUCUCUCUCUCUCUCUCUCUCUCUCUCUCUCUCUCUCUCUCUCUCUCUCUCUCUCUCUCUCUCUGGGGAUUCAGGAACCAUGGCUCCCAACAAGUUCGCAACCAUGUUGCACCGCAACACCCACAGAAUCACCGUAGUCCUCGUCUACACAGUACUCGAGUGGACCCUUAUCAUGCUCCUCCUCCUUAACUCCCUCUUCUUCUACCUAAUUGCCAAAUUCGCCGCUUUCUUCGGCCUCAAACCUCCUUGCCCAUGGUGUUCUAGGGUCGACCACAUUCUCGAACCCAAAAACAAUCCAAAUUCUUACAAAAAUCUUCUCUGUGAGACCCAUGCCAAUGAGAUUUCCAGACUGGGCUAUUGCUCCAACCAUCGGAAAUUGGUCGAAUCCUGCAAUAUGUGUGAGGACUGCUCGUCCUCCCGGCCUCAUCAGACCAGGCCCAACCAGCAUCUCGCUUUCCUUUCAUUGGUUGCAGAUCAGGUGCCGGGAAUUGAGAAUGGUGGGAAGGAUUUGAUGUGUUCUUGCUGUGGCACGAGCUUGAAGAGCGGAUUCUUUUCGCCCUACUUGUUUAUCAAGCCUUCUUGGGAUGUUUUGGAUUAUACCAAGAAAGGGGAUUUGAUUAGGGAGAAGGGUGAGGAAGGAGAUGAUUGCUUUGGUUUCGUCGAGAACGGGUAUUCAGAUCCAUCGAAAUCUGACUACCCCUCGGAUCGUGAUGAAGACGGGAUCGAAAAUGGGGACAGGGUGGCAGAAAACCAGAUGCUUUCUGAUGUUUCUGUCGAUGAGUGCGCUGUAGAAGGAAUGGAGACCGGGGAAUGUUUGAAUUUUGAGAUUGGUUCAGUCAAGUCCGAGCAAGAUUCUGCCAUUCGAUCUUGUGAUGACACUGAUAAUCUGAUUCAGGUUUGUUGUAAACGGGACAGAUCUUUUGAAAUCAUUUCUGAAUGUUAUGAAAAAUUCUCUGAGGAUGACCGUUUGGUUCCGAUCGGAUUAAUCGAUUCAAUGACUAUGAAUAACCAAUGUUCAUCUAAAUAUGAAGAACUUGAUGGGGAGCUGUCAGAUGCUGAACCAGAAUUUCCAGAACUUGUCCCAUCCCUUGUCGAUACUGGGAGUGUUCUUGAUGAGGGAACGGUGCGAGUUUCAGUCGAUGGAAUCGAGGAUAAUACCAGAUCUGAAGAUAUCGAAAGCACAGGUGAAAAGAUGUGCCCUUUAGUCUUUCUUGAUGAAGACUCCAAUGGAGAUUUGGUUGCAGAGGUAUGCGAUCUAGUUGUUAUUGCUCAAGCAAUUCCAACAGGGUCUGCCAGCAGAGAGAAAAUUGAUGUGCCAGAGAAAAGCUUUGAUGAAUCCCCAGCAUUUGAAGAUGUCAGUGACAUGAUUGAUAUUGAGAGUGAAUCCAUUAUUGCUCAAGCAAUUCCAACGGGGUCUGCCAGCAGAGAGAAAAUUGAUGUGCCGGAGAAAGUCUUUGAUGAAUCCACAGUGUUUGAAGAGGGCAUUGACAUGAUCUAUAUUGAGAGUAAAUCUGAGAAUUUUAUCGAAAGAGAGAUCUGUGAUGUGGAACUGAUGGACCAGCCUCAAAUUGAAGAACUGGUUAUUUCAUCUGCAUGCCUUCAGAAAGACCUGUCUUCUGAAAAUUAUGGUAGUGCCUGCAGUUCCUUGCCUUGUGGCAAUGUCGUUGUGGAUGAAUACCAAGUCCCUGAUCAAGCCAAUGAACCAGUCAUAGAAGGUGGAGAUUCCUGCAUAGCAUCUAAAGCAGUACUCAAAAUUGAAUUGGUUGAGAGGAUUAACCAACGCGAAAACUAUCAUUUAUCCACAUUGUCUGAUCUUAUUGAUGCAGAGGAAGAGAGAGCGCCUGAGACGCCAACUUACAUGGAAGGCAUGCACACCUUAGAUAAAAGACUAAUGUUCGACAGAAAAGAAUCAGGAACAGAAUCUUUGGAUGGAAGUAUCAUAAGCGAGUUCGAAGGUGGUGAAGCCCUGACUGUAGAUCGCCUGAAAUCAGCCUUACGAUCCGAACGUAAGGCUCUGAGUGCAUUAUACGCGGAACUUGAAGAAGAGAGGAGCGCUUCUGCAAUUGCCGCCAACCAGACGAUGGCCAUGAUAACAAGGCUUCAAGAAGAGAAGGCUGCUAUGCAGAUGGAAGCAUUGCAAUACCAGCGGAUGAUGGAAGAACAGUCCGAGUAUGACCAAGAAGCCCUGCAGCUUCUAAACGAGCUCAUGGUCAAAAGGGAAAAGGAAAAGCAAGAGCUAGAGAAGGAACUGGAACUGUAUCGCAAGAAGGUUCUCCUCUACGAGGCAAAAGAGAAGAGGAUGAAGAAGGAGAAGAAGGCUAAUAUGAGUAACGGAAUCUCUUCAGCUUCUUCUAGUGCUGAGGACAGCGAUGAUCUGUCCAUCGAUCUCAACGAAGGGGAUGACAGUUUCUAUGGCCCACAAGAAAGCAAUCACAACACUCCCACCAAUGAAAUUCUAAGUUUCAGUAUGGAGCUAGAAAGCACUAAGCAGCUAAGUACGCUUGAUGAAUCUCUAGCCAAUUUUGAGGAAGAGAGGCUGUCAAUUCUGGAGCAACUCAAGGCACUGGAGGAAAAGCUUUUCACAUUGGGUGGUGAAGAUGAGAACUUUGAGGAUGUGAAGUCGAUCGAACAUUUCUCGGAGGAAAACAGGAACAUGUUCGGUGAGAAUUUCGAAUUUCACGGGCACGUAGUGAAUGGGGUUACAAAUGGAUUCCCCGACGAAUUGGGUAUUAACGGAAAGCAUGAUCAUGAAUAUAGAAAUGUGGGGUCCAAGGCAAAGACGCUCCUACCUCUUUUCGAUGCUAUUAGCAUGGAGAAUGAAGAUGGGUUGAAUGAGGAAAUGGUGUUUGCUGCCGUUUCACAAGACUCUGCUGCUACCAAGUUCUCUUUGGAGAAAAAGAAGCUUGCUAUUGAAGAGGAGGUGGAUCAUGUGCAUGAGAGGCUACAGGCUCUUGAAGCUGAUAGAGAGUUUCUGAAGCAUUGCAUCAGCUCCAUGAAGAAAGGAGAUAAAGGGAUUGAUCUUCUCCAGGAGAUUUUACAACACCUUCGUGAUCUGAGGACUGUGGAACUUCGAGUGAGGAAUACCGGUGAUGGUCUGUCAUGAAUUCCAGCUCAAUCAGACUUGAGAGGAGGUUUCUUGAUUGAAUUGAGUCAAUCAGUGGCGUGGAGGGGCCGAGAAGAAGCGCAUGUGAUGGAUGAGAUUCAUGGUAUUUGGUCAUUGUCAUUUGAAAGUAUGGGAAUCCCUCCUGGAUGGAGGGAGGCUCUUGGUUUGCUCUGUUCGAUGUUGUAGCUGCGUGUGAGCAGACUGGAAUGGAGUCUGCAUUAAGCA